UUACAUCCCACAAUACAAAAUAUAAGUUAUUUCGCAAAUCUCUCUCUCUCUGAAAAUCAUGGAAGCUGAAGAUUUCUGUAGAGACUGCAAGCAAGAGACAGACGUCGUGUCCGACCACACGUCGGGUGACACAAUCUGCACCGUCUGUGGUUUGAUCCUUGAAGCCCGCUACAUCGAUGAAAAAGCCGAGUGGCGAAAUUUUGCCGAUCAGAACCCUGAAGAAGACCGGACUCGUGUCGGAAAAGCCUCCGAUCCUUUGGUGGAUAAUGGUGUUCUUUCCACUUGUAUAUCCAAAGAAAAGAAGAAAAACAACAAGAAGGGUACUGAUGCCGAUGGUAAUUUUCCUCCUAAUAAAUGGACCAAUAGGGCUGUAAACCCUAGCAAUUCUCUCCUAAAACCUUUCAAGUACCUCGAAGAGAUGGCCGACCGGCUAGACAUAUACGAAGGCGUUCCGAAAUGCAUACUGGAUCAUGCCAGAGGUCUAUACAUGAAGGCCGAUGAUAAGAACUUCUGUAAGGGGAGAAAUUCUAACCCUAUAAUGGCUGCUUGCCUCUUGCUCGCGUUUGAAGAAAGCCAAAAUACGCGAACACUAAAGGAAAUCACCAUGGUUGCCAAUGGGCCAUCUAAAAAAGAAAUUAGCAAGAUGAAGGAAGAGUUGAAGAGAAGACUAGGCCUUGCUUCCAAGAUCAAAAGCGCCAUCGACCUUUGGCCGCGACAUUGCUCGAAUCUUGGCAUGAGUAGUAAAGAUAAGAAGGCUGUGGAAGAAGCUCUGAAGAAUUUGGCAAAUUUUGAUGUUAGGAGAAACCCCAAUUCUGUUGUGGCAGCGGUUAUGUACAUGGUAGUUCAGCUUUCUAAUGGGAAUAACUGUUCUGUUCAAGAUGUCUCAAAAGCAGCUGAUGGUGUUGCUGUAGGGACAACUAAAAAGACAUACAAGGAUAUUUAUCCCUAUGCUUCACAGAUAAUACCAACCUGGUAUUGCAGGUUGGAGGACCUCAAGAAACUUAUCACUCCUUGAAGGUCUAAGGCACAACACGGCAAUUCCUAAUUCCUGAUCCUUCCAGCUUAUGGAGUUCGCUGGGAUGAUUAAUUUGGCUUUCCCCUCUCAAUUAGUUGUGGGAUUAUCAUUUGACUAAUUGUCAAAUUUUGAAGUCAGAUUCUGAAUUGGUAUGUGGCAUGAUCGCUUAUGCCAACUUGCUCUUCCAACAGUCUUUUCCUUCUCACAAAUUGGUGUGCUUUUGAAUGCAAUUACUGGUGUGGGUUGCACAUCGUUUGACACCAAAGGUGGGAAACGAAAUUUGGAGGAACAGAGUUACAAAACUUAAAAUUGUGAAUUAAAUAAAAAAUGGUAGUAUUCUUGGAUUAGAAAAACUAAAUACGAAGAAGGAAAACGCGUUCAAGAACAAUAUUCGGCGUAAGAAAAGGCAACAAGUCAGCUUUGAAUAUUUGUUGGUCGGUCAAGUGGCGCUUCUGAAAUAAUGAUUUAAUGAGGACUUGUCUCGUAAGUUUACUUUGUUAAUUCGACCUUUUCUUGUAGAGAUAGGGUUUGAAACCUACAGAAAGGUCAAGUUUAGAGGAGUUGCAAUUUGAUUCUUCUACGUAUUAUUAAUCAAUGUGAGACUUUUCUCGAAGUGGAGAAAUUUUGACA